AUGGCUACCGUCAAUAUCCGUAGCGAUGUCAAGGACCCUUUCUACCGCUACAAGAUGGAGCGUCUCCAGUCCAAGAUCGAGGGCAAGGGCAACGGUAUCAAGACCGUCAUUGUUAACCUUAGCAGCGUGGCACAGUCCCUCGCACGCCCUGGUGCUUUUGUUAUCAAGUACUUCGGCUUCGAAUUAGGUGCCCAAACCAAUAGUAACCCUUCCGAUGACCGCUGGAUUAUCAACGGUGCCCACGACGCCUCCAAGCUCCAGGAUUACCUGGACGGUUUCAUCAACAAAUUUGUUCUCUGCAAGAAAUGCAAGAACCCCGAGACCGAAGUAUUCAUCAAGGAUGGUCGCAUUCUUCUCGAUUGCAAGGCUUGUGGUGCUCGCUCCGAUGUCGACCUUCGUCUGAAGCUCAGUGGUUUCAUCCUCAAGCAAGAACCUAAGAAAGGCAAGAAGGACAAAGCAGAGAAGAAGGCUGCCCGCGAGGCUAGGAAGAAUGGGAAUGGGAAUGGAAAUAGCACUCCUGAUAUCAAGGAUACCAACGGAAAUGGUAGCAAUGACUCUGAUGGAUCUAACGGCGAAGAUCUUGGUGUCGAGGCUGGCAGCGAUGAUGAACUUACUCGCCGUAUCAAGACCGGAGCUCAAGAGCUUGGUGAUGAAGUCGAAGUCAAGGACGAUGAGUGGACUGUUGACAUGUCCGCCGAAGCCAUCAAGGCUCGUCAGCAGCAACUCCCAGAUGACCUCAAGCAGAAGCUCGUCCUCGGCGGUGAUGAUGAUGACGAGGAUGGUGAAGGAGGCGGUAACAGCAAGUACGAUCUGCUUGGUGACUGGAUUAUCAAUGAAGCCAAGGAGAAAGGCGGUGUCGACAAGAUUGAGAGCAUCGAUGUCUACGUGAAGGCCAAGGAGCUUGGUGUUGAAAACAAGCACCGUACUCUACUUGUCCUGGUCCAGAGCAUCUUCGACGAUGACAUUGCCAAGCAGAUUCCUAAGCGCGCUGGAAUGCUCAAGCAGGUUGGUGUCUCUGAGAAGCACCAAAAGGCCCUCCUUGGAGGUAUCGAACGCUUCAUUGGCUUCCGCGGCAAGGACAACCCCGAAUUCUACAACGAGACCUCCAAGGUUCUUCUCGCCUGUUACAACGAUGAUCUUCUCUCCGAAGAAGUUCUUGAGAAAUGGGGCACCAAAGCCAGCAGGAAAUACGUCGAUAUCCAAAUCAGCAAAAAGGUCCGCAAGUCCGCUGAAGUUUUCCUCAAGUGGCUCGAAGAAGCCGAGAGCGAUGAUGAGGAAGAUGAUGACGAGUAG